GGUUGGCGUUUGAGUGAUCAAACAGUGUGCUGGAUAAUCACACGUGUUUUGUGACUUCGACUGGAUCAUUCUACACGUAUUUUAUCGUUCGAUAAUGGCCAUGGAUCGUUCAAUGUACGGCAAGGUGGAACCGGGUGCUACUUAUCAACCGUAUCGCAUCACGGUGAAAAAUGGAUCCUCACCAGGAUAUGCCCUCCUCGCCGAUCUUCAGAACACGGUAUCUACCGAUGGUAACAACGCAACGACGCCUGGCUAUGGAUCACUCAAUGGGGCAAGAUCGCAUCCCGGCGCUUACAGGGGUUACGAUAAUCGAACUUCACCGUUGCCGCCACAAUCGCCUACUUACCAAAAUCGCGAAGCGAUCGAGGAAUCGAUAACCAGAUCUGGCAAUGUUCCUCAUUCCCAGACCGCACCCGGUGGAAAGAUGCCAUCUCUGAACAAUAAUCUCUCAGAGCUGGAUACGUUGCUUCAGGAUCUCAGCAAUGCACACUACAAUGCGCAUCUUCAAGAAAGAGACAGCAUAGGAUCGACUGGGCGACUAAAUGGAGGUGCUAAUAGUCCAAUGUUACGCUCACCCAGUAGCCUGUCAACGACUCGACCUACAGUGGAUUCUCUUCUCGAAGAACUAAGCACUGCAGUUCCUGCUGGCGACUAUCCGCAAGAUGGAAAAGUGACUGUUACCAUCCAAGAGACAUCAACUGAGAUACAACCUGUUUACGAAGGAUAUGCCCAAAAUCAACGAGAAUCCUUGGUGACUAGGACUGAAACUAAUCCAAGUUUAGCAAACGGACACGCAGCCAGUAAUGCCACCAAGGAACUGGAUGACCUCAUGGCCUCACUUUCUGAGUUUAAAAUUAAUGGUAGCACUCACCAACAUCAGACGGUGACUGACUCCCCGUACGCCAAACCAAAUAAAGCUACCAAGAGCUCACCGAGUCCGCAGCCAGCAGAAGGACCGCUGACCAGGAUCCAUAUUUCGGAGACUCAUACUACUCAUCAUUACCAACCGCAGCACGGGGAGAGUCAUAACGCCCAAGCUGCAACUCAAAUAAAACAGAAUCAGUUAGAUUCUAUGCUAGGAAACCUUCAGGCAGACAUGAGUCGUCAAGGAGUAAAUACAACUCAGAAGGGAUGCUGCAACGCGUGCGAAAAGCCCAUAGUUGGACAGGUGAUCACUGCUCUGGGAAAGACGUGGCAUCCGGAGCACUUUACUUGCACCCACUGCAAUCAGGAGUUGGGCACUCGUAACUUUUUCGAGAGAGAUGGUCACCCCUACUGCGAACCGGAUUAUCACAACUUAUUCUCCCCUCGAUGUGCUUACUGUAACGGCCCAAUUCUCGAUAAAUGCGUAACUGCCUUGGAAAAAACGUGGCACACAGAGCACUUUUUCUGCGCUCAGUGUGGCAAACAGUUUGGAGAAGAUGGUUUCCAUGAACGCGAUGGUAAACCUUAUUGCCGCGAAGAUUACUUUGACAUGUUUGCACCCAAAUGCGGUGGAUGCAAUCGUGCGAUAAUGGAAAAUUAUAUCUCAGCUCUCAACAGCCAAUGGCAUCCAGACUGCUUUGUCUGCAGGGAUUGUAGACAACCGUUUCAUGGCGGAUCAUUUUUCGAUCACGAAGGAUUACCUUACUGCGAAACUCACUAUCACGCAAAACGAGGAUCCCUAUGCGCUGGGUGCCAUAAGCCCAUUACUGGUCGCUGCAUAACUGCAAUGUUCCGAAAAUUCCAUCCUGAACACUUUGUGUGUGCGUUUUGCCUGAAGCAAUUGAAUAAAGGAACCUUCAAAGAACAAAAUGACAAACCAUACUGCCAUGGCUGCUUUGACAAGUUGUUCGGAUAAAAGUAAUUUAAUCAAUAUACAAAAUGUAUACAUCCAUAACAUGUACGCAUGCAUACAUUAUGUCCUUUUACAGGAUAGACUAUCCCACACAGAAAGAAAAAAAAGGAGUUAUCUUUUAUCUUUGAUAUACGUACUAUCGUAAUAUUCUAUAUUUGCCAUACAGUUGAAUGAGUAUGUAUUACAUACAAAGAUAACAGAAUUUUAUUCAAACAUUUAGCUAUAUGUAACCACGAGGCGAGGCUCACCUUCAGAAUAAUUUUACCAUUUGGUAUACAGUUUUUGUAUUUGGCAACUCCUGCAGUAGUUAAUUGUAAUAAUUGUGAAACAUUUUAAUACAAAUAGAGGUAUUACGUUAUUAUAACUCUCGCUGGGUAUAGUAAUAACUAACUGAUAUAUUAUUAUUAUGAUGCUACUAAUCACGUCACUGAAAAUAUUUGAAUUUAGAGCGCUGCAUGUUUUCCUUUCCAACCACUGCAGUAGGACGUGUAAAUUAUAAUGCCUUCUACUAAUAUUAUAUAACAGCGGAACCUCUUCUUUUCAAAGUUUUUAUUACAUAUACGACUAUGAAUUAUUGUUGUAGGCAUAUAUGUAUAUAUAUUUACGUCAAUUUAUGUACAGUUAAUAACAGUUUAUGAACGGUUUAAUUAGCAUUCUAAUUCUUUUCUUGGGUCUAUUACUAAUUAUUAUUAUUUCUAUCUUUAUUGAUUUGCUUUAUUUUUUAUAGCUAAAAGCGUAUACCUGCAUAUAAAGAUAUUAAAUCUUUCUGAUUAACUUCGUUUGAAAAUAUUGUGGACUAUUGAGUAUUGCGAGAUCGCAUUAACUUGUUGACUAAUCCAGAUUAGGAUAAAGGAUGAAAUAAAUAGAUUAUUAUUAAGAAAUUGAAUACUAGAUUCAUUUUGAGUAGUUCAAAUCGUAACGUAAAAUUCAGGAAUAACAUACACUAAAGUACGUUUGUUACUUUGACUAUAAUUCACCUUCCUUUUUAUACCUGCAACCCAAUUAC